AUGUCCUUGUCUCCUUUUAAGAGUGAAAAGAUGAAUCUUCAUUCCAACACAACUCAUGGGAGUACAAAAAAAACACAAUUUAAAGCUCAACCAGUAGGAGGAGGAGGAGCCAAUGUCGAAGAACGUGAAGCCUUAGGGUCCUCUUCUUCUUCAAAUUCUUCAAAGAAAUUUCGAUAUAUUUGUGUGUUAGAUUUUGAAGCUGUCUUUUCAGAAGAUUGUAAAACGAAUCGAAAUUAUGACAUGGAAAUUAUAGAGUUCCCAUCCGUUCUAUUGGAAUAUGAAUCUAGUAACAAACUUCGAGUCGUGGAUCAAAUUCAAAAUUAUGUUCAAACUCGAAGAAUUCCAAAAUUGAAUUCUGAAUGUACAGCUCUGACUGGAAUUACUCAAGAAAUGGUCAAUUCUGGAGUCACGUUUGAGGAAGCCUUAAAACUUCAUACAGAAUGGCUUUCGAAACAUUUGAAUGGAGAGGAACCUUCUUCAUCGAAUGUAUUAAUGGCCACUUGUGGUGAUUGGGAUUUGAAAACAAUGAUUCCACAUCAAGUCUUUCAUGAAAAGAAGUGCAUUCCUCUCGUAAAAAGUCACUUGUCACAAUGGUGUAAUGUAAAAGACGUCUAUGGUAGAUUCAUGCAAAAACAAAAAGUCAAUGGAAUGCUUACCAUGUUAAAUGGUUUGAAUUUGGAACUUGAAGGAAAACAUCACAGUGGCAUUGAUGAUUGUAAAAACAUUGCUCGAGUGAUUUGUGAGCUAGUUUCGAAAGGAUGCUCUUUUGAUGUGACAGCUCGUUUGACAUGUAAACAUGGAGAAAGUUCACGAACGAAAAAUAGUCAGGUUCAGUAUAUUGAGUAUGAUCCAAAAAUUGCUCUAGACAAUUUUAUUGUGAUGAACAACAAGUGA